AUGGGUCAGCACGACGCAGGGCGAGGGGAGCUACGAUCAUGGCACACCAUGAACGAGGACAGAGAGUACGAUUUGGCAGGCAGUUCAAUUGCUGAUAACGAUGUUCCAUCCAACUCCCCUCCCAGGUUAGUAUCAAAUGAGACUGGCAAGGCGAGCGUACUCCAAGGAAACGUCGGCAUUUUGGGAACAGACUAUAUAACAAUAGGAAAAUAUGACAUGUCGUACAUGUUUCCUACUUGUAUGACAAAUGUAAAUAUAUCCAAUAUGAGGUUACAACUUUAUGUCAAAGAAGAAGAAAUUGAACGGCCGUGGCGGUGGCGUUCGAUGCAAGUACAGGCAGCAGUGAAUCCUGCGGUCGGGCGCAGCUUGCCGUUGGCAGUCCGUCUCCUCGUUGAGCGUAGUCGUAUUUUGCGGUCGUCGUGUAUUGGAAUCGGUGAGGACACUUGGAAUGCGACGGCGUCGGCGAUGCCCGGCUACAUCGACGACCGCAACUACGACUACCUCAAGCAGGAGACGGACGCCAACGGCAAAGCUCGGCCCGACCGCAGGAUUCACUGCUGCCUGUACUUCAUCGAACCCACCGGCCACGGCUUGAAGCGCCUCGAUAUCGAAUGCAUGAGGAAGCUGCACGACAGAGUGAACGUCAUACCGGUCAUUGCGAAAGCCGAUACGAUGACUACUUUUGAAUGCUAUCGAUUCAAAAAGCGACUCCUCCGAGAAAUUGCAGAACAUCACAUAAAAUUCUACGAAUUUCCGGAAGUGAAAGCAAAAGACGAGCAGCUGAGAUCCCUCAAACACCGACUUCCAUUUGCCAUCGUGAGCUCCAACACAGUGGUGGAGGAAAAUGGCCGGAAGAUGCUGGCGCGCAGGUACCCGUGGGGAAUCGCAGAGAUCGAGAACCUGGAACACAGUGAUUUCUGUCUGUUAAGGAAGGUUUUGCUGCAAACCCACUUGCACGAUCUCAAAGAAGCGACCAAUGUGCACUAUGAGAGCUUUCGCUGCAGAAAACUUGCUCCCAUUGCCUUCGAUGACUUUAAAAAUGUGGACCGUUUCAAAAGGAAGAAAUACAAAUAUUAA